AUGGCGGCCCCAGGGGUCCCAGGAUCGCUUUUCAUCGGCAUGGUGGUGCUGACAGUUGGGAUAGAGGCCCAGAUCAUCACGGGGUUCUUUCCUUCCACAAUAUUCAUGUCUGGACCUGAAGUGACUUCAUACCUUGUUACAAAUGCAUCUUCUGUCAAUUUAUCCCUUGCUGUCAUUACAGAUACCAUUUCCGCACCUGUGGAAAGUUGCAGUGGGAAUAAUAAUAUAGAUAACUGGGCUUCAACUUAUGUUGGGACACAGAUGGAUGUAUUUAAAGUCACAGUGACAUCACAGAAGAAUCUUACUCUCUGUACCAUCAAUGAAACUAAUUGUUGCACUGAGGAUCUGUGUAUUGUGGAAACACUUCAAGUUACAGCUUGUGGGAAUGGCACACCUAUCAGCAGUCUACUAAUCCAUGCUGAAAUUUAUAUCAACACCACUUUUAUAGGGCUUGUAUCAGAUAAUGAAACUGUGAUACCCAAUCAAGUGUACCAACCUCUAGGAUCAUGCCCAUGUAACCUGACAGCUGCAGCAUGUGAUAUUCUCUGCUGUUGUGAUCAGGAAUGCAACUCCAGCAUGAUAGCACUUUUUAAUGGUUUCUGUUACUCUGGAAUUUUUGGUGGCAAUGUUUCUCCACCAUUUGACCAGCUUUGUAGUGUCCAGGAAAAGAACCAUGCACCAGACUGGUUUCCAUUCCUGUGUGUCCAGUCCUCCAUGGAUAACUCUCCAUUUCUUGGCUAUUUCUAUCAGGGAAACACUAUGAGCCCUUCACAGACUCCAUUUUUCAAUCUGAGCUUUCAGUCCAUUGUUCAAACAACAUCUAGUGGUUAUAAACAAGGAAACCCCAUUUUAAUACAACAGAAUGAAUUCAGUGAAUACUUUACUAUCCCACAGAAAUCUACCAUUGGACAAUGUGUGAAUGCUGCACCUGUGGCUUACUUACAAGAUUUCAAUGUUACGUGUGUUACUGAUAUAACCGCAUGUUCAGAUGUUCUUACAGUUGACUUGAACGUACAAGUUAACCCUGGAAAUGGAGGUCCUAUCAUUUUAACAGUACAGAGUCAGAACACCAGUGUGGACAUUGUUAAUACAGGAACUGUCCUGCCUCAAGCUGUGCAGUGCGAUGUGAUUGUGUCAGCAGACUACACAUUCAUUUGGAAUGCCAGCGUGAUAAAGGAAAUACAAGUCUCCAUCGUUACUGCUAACAUAAGCUUGACUCAUCAGGCAAAGCUAUCACAACGAUUUACAGCUAAAUUUCUCACCAGCAAUAGUACAUCAAAUGUGCUCUCUGGCAACCCAGGUUAUCAAUUUGGAAAGCCAGUCAUAGUUGCUAAUGGAAGUACUCCUUUUAUAAAAAGAACUCUGAACGUCUGGAAGCCUGUUGGGGAAAGUUUGUGUUCCACAACUACACAGACACCUGUCCUGUUUGGACAAAAUUUAUUUUCUGGAUGUGUCUUUAAAGUUGUCAAUGAAAACUGCACUCAGCUGAGGAAGAAAGCACUACAGUUCCUGCAGUCACUGGUUACAGUCAAUUACAUUGCCAUGAGAGGCAACUCAAAUGUCAGCGACCCAAGUGAAUGGGUAUCUAUAAUCUAUGAGUUGCCCAAUACUACAUGUACAGGGAUCUGUGCUGCAGAAAAUGUAAUGUGUUUGAAGGUACCAUCGAACAUGAACAUUGAGAUCAUUACAGCUGUGACAGGUGCAGUGGAAGGAAUUCCGCAGGAAGAGAUUUUGGCAGCCAAAGUCAGUUUCUCAACUAUUAAUGUGGAGUGUGUAUCUGCCUGUAAUGUGUCUCUGCCACUCACAAACUCUGUGCAGUUCAUCCAAGUCCCAGCUCAGCCACUUCCUACUAUCACAAGAUUCCAAACGAAUUAUACAGAAUAUGACUGUGAGAAGAAUGAUGUGUGCUGGCAACACCUUGCUUAUCCUUUUACAAAAUACUACACAGGGGAGCCCUACCAUCUAACACUAGCCAAAGGUAUGAUCCUAGUGUUCUUCUUUAUAAGUGCCACAGUCCUAGGAGGUCCAUGGAACAGAAUACGUAAAGCCUGGAAUAAAACACUGUAA